CUGCUGCUUUGGAAAAGUAGAGGAAGGUCGGAGCACAGAGCUGUCAUUUCUUGUAUCGUUUCGUCAUUCCGAUUCAAGAACGGAUCGUGUGAAUACGCGUUUUGUUUUACAUCGUUGUUCAAAACGAUUUUUAUACUCAGAUUUAUAGUUUUCAUCUUUAGUUGUGUUUUGAAGCAAGCAAGCAUUUGAGGAAGAAUAUAGAAAACAAGAAAAAUAUUUUUCUGGAAAAAACAGGAUGCUGGAGAUGCAUUCUGACUGUCUGGAAAAGCGCUAGAUUUGAUCCUAACUUUAUCCAUGUUUUGAGUUUUCCGUGCGUGUGUUUCGUUUCGUUGCAAGUGCAAAUGUAAAACAAGGUGGAAAAUGAAAAUCGUCCAACAGGAAAACUAGAAGAAUGUCCGUUUCAGUGGUUACAAAUGUUACAAAUGAGUCUACCUCACUCAGCAGUGUUACACAGAAAUAUGUAGAAAUUUUAAAUCGUACAAACAAGUGUUGAAACAAACAAAAAAAAGAAGCCUAGAUAAAAUACAUUAAAAUCAGAUAGCUCGGAAAAGCGGAAAAGUCACCAAACGACAGUCAGUCGAUAUCAUAUGACUCUAAUACGGCAGCCGCAUCGAAAGUACAAGCCCUGAGACAACAGAACAUAACGAAGCAGACAACGGUCAGACAGCGCGAGUACCAGCGCCGCCCCACACCCCCGCACCAGUUGGGGAGGGAAGGACGACAGCGCGUGUAUAGUGAAAAGUGAAAUUUUCCUCCUCCCGUGUCGCACACAGACAGACAGACAGGUUCGAGUGUACCGUCGUGGUAACGAAAGUGAGUUUUUCCUAUCUCCAUCCGUUCGGCAACGGGCGCCCCAUUUUUGGGGUGGCAGCUCCCGAAGUAGAAGUCGGUGUGUGUCGUGCCGCAUCCGAGCCAUCAUUGCUGAAAGUGAAAACCGUGUGGAAAAUUGGUGGCGGUCGGACUUGGCUGCUGAAGCCUUUUAUAUUGACUCCGGGAAGGCGUUAGUGCGAGUGUUCGUGUGAAAGCGUGGGGAAAAGAAUUAGUCCCGAAAGGAUUACUGUCGGCGGCGGCGGCCUACACACAUUUUCGGUCGGCCUCUUUUUCGUGCGAUUGUGACUGUGUCUGUGUUGUUUUUUUUCGAAACGUUUUUUAACCUGCUGUUCGUUUAAGCCGGAAGGCUGGAAUGCAAAGUGACGCAAACAAACAAAACAAAACCAAACAGUAUGUGUGACUCAGGGAUCGCCAGCAAAUACGCGACCAGGAAAUUCAAAUGACACAACAUGACUUAACCCACAGAGAGAUAGAGGUAGUGCUGUGUGUCGUAGCCCCCCAACUCAUCGCUAAUUGCUAAUGAAAACAGAACAAAUAUAAGCGGCGGAAAGCGAGUGUGAACCGUACCGAAAAGCGCCGCCGAGCAGCGCUUCCAAGUGGUGUACAAAAAUGCUUCGCCUAAUUGGAAAUUUAUCGAGUUGACAUAAUAAUAAAAAACGGGGCGAAAAAAAGUCACCCUAAUCGUUAUCGUAGAAAAAUUUAACCACACUCUAAUCACACCUCCUAGAAUCAUUAUUAGCUGAAAGUAGUGUUUUGAUAGUUUAAGCAAGAGAAGGAGAAGAAUGUUGUAGCCAAUUAUUGAAGCCUCUAGUGAAAAUUUAUUUCUGUUGAAAAUUGAUGAGAAACCAAGUUGUUGAAAACAAUAGUGCAAAGUGUCAGUUCAAAGAGAAAUAUAAAACUAUUUACAAACUACUGGGUGAAACAAUUUAAAAAGGGAGGAAGUGUUUGAACCAUAAUCGCCAAACUGAAGUAACCAGGAUGAUGAUGCUCCAGCAUAUGUCACCCCACUUUGUGGGUGGCCAACAGCCCGAUCGUACCGAGCAGUCGCCCUCGGCAACACCAUCGCCACCUGCGCAGAGUCCUUCGCCUUCGCCAGUUCAUCACCAUCACUCAGCCGAUCAGCCAUCGCGAAUCGUCAUUCGCCGUUCGUCGUUGCAUUCGCUCCCAUCGGUUGACGAUGAACAGCCGGAACACUACAAAUACAAACGGGAGCCCUAUUCGCGUCCAAACACCCCACCGGCUUUAUACGGCGUCCCGAGCGACCCGUUGUACCCGGUCGAGCAACCGUACCGACCCCGUUCACAGACCCCACCGAUGGUAACGCCAACCCAUCAGCAGCAACGGAUUGCGUCGGUCAUCCAGGAGCGUACCGAAAAUGUCAUUCGCUACAUCAAGGAAGAGCGACCCCAGCGCCGAAGCUCGAUCGAGGAAGAUCCCCAACAGGUGGCGGCCGUUGCUCAGUACUACCGGAACGCUCACACCACCCUCCAAUAUGGCGUGCAGCGUGCCGACGACGACGACGAGGACGAAUACGGCGGCGACCUCCGGCAAACUUCGUCGAAUGUCGACGAGCGUCGCUAUCGCUACGAAGAUGGUCCCGGAGCCGAAGAAGAAGAGGAGGAACAACAGCACUACCGCCGUCGGCUAUCCGGACGGCACGACAGCAUCCAGAACGAUCCCGAUUCGGACUUUAGCGAUAGCCAGGCGGGUGGGGCCGCCAGCGGGGAUACGGAUCACUAUCCCAAAUCGGAAGAGGAAGGUGGCGGCGGCGGCGACGACGAGGGUCCGCUGGAUCUGUCGAUGAAGAUGAAACGGCGCGCCCGGAUGGACUCGGGCAGCGAUUCGGAUGACUCGGCUGGGCCGGACUCGGACGGACAUCAUCGGGGCCAGGGGCGGGCGGCCUACAAGAAAAGUCUGAUGAAGCGAUACCUGGAUACCGAGAUACCACUGCCGCCACAGACGCCGAGUCCUCCGCCCCAGCAGCGAUCGUCGUCACAGUCCCACCAUCACCACCACCACCAUCACCACAACAGCAGCAGCAGCAGCAGUCAUCACCAGCAAUCGUCCAGCAGCCUACUCGCCAGCAGUCUCGGCCAAACCUCCCAACAGCAUAGGCCGCUCCUCCAUGGACUGCUCAGCGGAACACACAUACCUCAGGCGCCCUACCACAGCCGGGGCUACAGCACAUCCAGCACAGGUUCACUACCUCCAAGUCCUGCGGACAGCGGCGUCUCCGACGUGGACAGCUCCAGCAGCGGUGGUCAGCCAGCAUGCAGCGAUGAACUCAAGGCUCGCCUUGGAAUUCCACUCAACAGCACCACUACCAGCAACGGCAACAGCGCCAACAACAAUGGCAGCAGCAGCAGUAGUAGCAAUACGGCCACUUCUGGCAACGGCACCUCGUUACUAACGGGUGUGGGUGGUGGCGGUGGUGGCGGCGGUGGAGGAGGUGGUCUGCCUCCACUGAAUGCCUCAUCCUCACCCACAUCCGGCUCGUCUCUUCCCUCGUCGGUGACUCUCUCGGCGGCAGCAGCAGCAGCGGCUGCUACGCAACAACAUCUCCAGCAGCAAGCAGCAGCACAAGCCCACUUACCGCCGGGAACGUUCCUGAGGCCCAACUUCUACCAUCACAACUCGCCCCCACUCAGGAACAUCUGGAACCAGCGGACCGUUCCCCUGCCCGACAACUAUCACUACCUUCACUCGAUGAACGCGGCGGCUGGGGCCGGCUAUCCCGCAUCACACUUCCCGACGCCAUCUCCGCCACGGGGUCAAUCCGGAGGCCCUCUGUCGAACGGCAGCAGUGGACUGAACGUCAUGGGUCAACAUCACCUACAUCCUCACCAUCCGCACCUCCUGAGCGGUCAGCAUCCGGGGGCGCACGUGGGGAACGGCACCGGUGGUCCCUCGGGGGUUAUGGCCAACGGACUGAUGCAUCACCAUCCGCAGAGUGUAACCUCCAGCUGUCCGGACGAUUUGUCUUAUAUGCUCGAGCUGGGUUUCCCACCCAGGAAGCUGAAGAAACCCAAGAAGCCCAAGCUGGAGAUGGGCGUGAAGCGCAAGUCGCGUGAGGGAUCCACCACCUAUCUGUGGGAGUUUUUGCUGAAGUUGCUGCAGGACCGUGAGUACUGUCCACGGUUUAUCAAGUGGACCAACCGGGACAAGGGUGUGUUCAAACUGGUCGACUCGAAAGCGGUCUCCAAGCUGUGGGGUAUGCACAAGAACAAACCCGACAUGAACUACGAAACGAUGGGCAGGGCUCUGCGGUAUUACUACCAGCGUGGGAUCCUUGCGAAGGUGGACGGCCAGCGGCGUCUACCAGUUUGUCGAUGUGCCGAAGGACAUCAUCGAAAUCGACUGUUCGGGGACAUAGAAGUUCGGAGGGCGCCCGUAGUAAUAUCGGGCCUACCCCACAACCAUACAACUACACAUACACACAACCACAAACACACACACUAGUCCGGUUUACGAUCGCUAAUCGUGGCAGUAUUCCCGCCGUGGUCUACUCUGUAUAAAAACAACAAACGAACAAUUUACUAUUUCCGUCAUUUUCCUGUAUGUAAACAAAAAUCGUGCUAAUGAUCUUCUGUUUGAUUUUUUAUAUAUUUAUUUCAAAACGGUCCGCUCCACGGGGUGAGACCACACAGCUCCUUCGUUUUACGCAUUCUGUAUCAUAAUAGGUGAUAAAAUUGCAAACUUAUUUCGCUGUAAAUUAUAAUUUAUUUAAAUAAAACCCCAACUCGCCGAGAGAGAGCGAGGCAACUUCUCUCCGAGCAGGAAAGAGACUAACAAUAAUAAGGUUGAAGUACUAGAUUAGAAAACGAACAACAACAACAACAAAAACCCCACUAAAAAAAAGACAAUAAACACACAAUGGAAAAUAGGUAGCUUUCCGCUUUUUAAGUUUCCGUACACUUUUUGUUCUGUUUUACCACCUUACGGGUGGAUUUUUAUUCGCUUUAAAUUUUAAAACAUCCAAUUGACAUCCAAUUUUAUACCAACUAGACUGGUCAUUGGCAGAGAUAUCUCGGAUUACAGUGAAACAUUGUAGGUGUGAAGCCAUUGGUCAUUUGAGCAACUUUGCAUACUUGAAGUGUUCAAAAAAGAAUUAGACUACUUCUUGAAAAGGGACAAAGUUUUUUUCUUAAUUUUUUACAAAAAAAAUAUAACUCAAACUCUAUAUUAUCUACAAAAUUUUGGCCGAAGAAUGAAAAAUAGAAAAUAUUAAAAAAUUUAAAAAAAAUUAAAAAAAAUAUUUUAAAAAUUGAAAUUAUUUUUUCUUAAAAACAUAUUUGUUAAAAAUUCUCAAAAAAUUAUAUAACUAGCCCAUACAUGUUUCGAACAAGUCAUUCAUACAACGGAAGAUGACCACUUUUACAGGAAAAAGUUUUUCUAACAACUUUUCAUGUUUUUUUCUGAAAAAAAAAACAACCAAUCCUCAUUUUGUUUAAAGUCAAUAUAGCGAUGUAGUGUAUUCAACAAAGUUUUAGAUGUUAUUAAAAUAUGAACUAAAGUUUCAGUUUUUUUUGUUUCAUAGUUUCAGGAAUAUAUGGCUCCUGAAAAAGUCUUCGUAACAUUUUUGUGUAUAAAUUCUCGCGUUUUACAUGUUAUUGACUUGUUGCUAAACAGGAAAAAGCAAUUUACAAGAUGCAGCUGGGUAAACUCUUUUCCGGUAGCAAUGCCCUCCUUUCGAUGUAUAGAUGACCUGAUAAUUGUAUGGGAUAUUCAUGUAUAUUUUAUUCAGAAUUUAAAAAUAAUUUUUGGGAAAAAUGGAUUUUUUAUUUUCAAAAUAAUUUUUUUUAAUGAUUUUUUUUUAAUUUUUCAAUUAAAACAUGGAUUAUUUCACACGUUUCAUUCUAUGACCAACAUUUUUAGUUCUCAUCGCUUUUGAGUGAGAAUUUUUUUUUAAUUUUAAGUUUUUUUUCAACUUUUUUUCGAUAAAUCUUAACUCAAAAACUAUAAGACCUACAAAGUGUUGGUUGAGGAAUGGAAUUUAGGAAGUCAUUCAUAUUUUCAAUCAAAAAUAUUAAACAAACUUUAAAAAAACGAAAUUUCAUUGAAACAAAAUUAUUUUGCAAACUAAAAUUAUUUUCUUUGAAAACAUUACGAGGAGUUUUUCAUGAGUAUUCAUACAAAAGUGCCAUUUAUUCCUGAAACUAUAAAAGGUAAAAAGUUAACGUCUUCGACAAGAGUUCAUAUUUUAAUAAGAUCUAAUACUUUGUCGAAUAUACUAUAUCGCUAUAUCGACUUUGAACAAAAUUUAAAUUAGUUGUAACUUUUUCAAAGAAAACAUGAAAAAGUUGUGGUUAGGCCCUGUAAAAAGGCCCAUCUUCUGAUGUAUGAACGACUUGUUUGAAAUUUAUUUUUCACGAAAAUGUUUUUUUGUAUUCUCAAAAGUAUUAGAGUGUUUAGGCUAUAAUUUUUUGUAAAUAUUAGGAAAAAAAAACUUUGACUUCUUUCCUAAAGUAGUCUAAUUCUUUUUUGAAUAUUUCGAGUAUGCAAAGUUGCUUAAAUGGCCAAUGUCUUUACACCCAAAACGUUGCACUGCUAUCUGAGAUGGUGCUGCCAACUCCUAAGACGAAUUGGCAUGGAAUUCGUUAAUUAUUUCAACACGCAAAUAAAAACCCCAUAGUGAAUGGCUAAGUGGCAACUGUAAUCGUUGUAGCGGUAGUAAGAGAAGAGUGACGGGAGAAAAGAAAUGGUUGGAAGUAAACACAAGAGAAGUACAAAUUAAAGCAAACAAACAAACAAAAACACAUGAAAACCCUCGACCUCGCGCUGCGUACAAGAGGCAAGAGGCACUCGGGCGGGCCGCACGAACCUCUAGUACUCCAGCAGUAGGUGAUUUUUCUUGUAAUUCACUGCUAAAGCGCUAAUUUUUGCAGUUUUUUUUUUAAAUUAGUAUAAAAACACUUUUCGAAAUUUUUAUUUUGUUCUACUUUUUCUUCUAUUGGCGAAAGCAAAACACUGAAGAUGUAAAUUUCCAUGUAAAUGUUUGAUACUUGUAUGUAAGCACUAGCAUUAGGCAUUCUAGUUUGUUAAGUUCUGUAUCCGCUAAAUCGAUCAGUUGUAAUCAAGUGUAAAAAUUACUUAUAAGUGAAGCUUCUUUCGUAUUAAGACUUUUACCUUCUGUCCUAAUCUAUCUUUAAAUAUGUUUCCUUCGGUAGCUACAGUAAGCUUCUGUUCCAUCAAUCUUCUCUUUUUAUUAUUACUAUUAUUGUUUUGCGAAACAUAAAGUUACUGUUUUUUUAGAUAUACUACACAACUCACUGCCCCCCCUUCGUAAGUCUUUAAACAAACUGUGUUUUUUUUCUUUUGUAAGCCUUCGUUUUUAAGGAACGUAUCAAUCAAAGUGAUAAACUGAAAAUCAAAAAGAGCUAGGAAAGAAGCAGACGACUGUAUGUAUGUAUGUGUACUACCAGCGCGAAAUGAAACAAUCAAGAAACGCAAACACGCCGACAAGAAUUUUAAAAGAGAAUAAAUGAAGUUUCUUUAGAAUCUUGAUCUCAUUAAUUUAUUUUUACUCACUCAAGCGCGCGAAUGCGAGUCCAAAUCGAAAUUAGAGUUUGGUUUCCUCACGUGUAAAUAAGUUUACAAAAUUUGCUUUUUUCACAAUUUCUUUUGAAGAUGGAAGAUUGUUUACGUGUGUAACUCUGUGAUCCCAAACCAUCAUCACAUCAUUUGGUUUUGGCUUACGUGAUGGGUUCCGUGGGGACGGAUGAGGGUGCGGAAUGUGCUGGCGUCAGCAAAACGUAGCCAGUGUUCGGGGGCGGACUAAUGAAUCAAUGCAACAACAAAAAAUACACACAAAAAAGUUACAAUACAAAAUGCCUACCAAUUCACUUCAACACUGCCAUGUGAUGUAUGCGAGUUUAUAAUUUCUGAAUUACGAAACAUUAUCCACCACAACCAAGGUGGCCCGCAUUCCGACGAAUUAUGGUCCCGCUCCGGGGACACCGGUUAAGCCCUUCUCGGACCCCAACCCCAUCACACAGCUAACAUUCACAUAUAUUUAACAAUCACACACAAACGCUCAACGCUGCCUGUUCCCUCUUUGGAUUUUCGAGAAUUUUCCAACAUAUCCCGCGACAAAAAAAAACACAAAAUCUGUUGCAAUAGACGCCAGAUAACAGAAAUGUACGUGCAAUGAACCAAAAUACGAGAGAGAGAGAGAGAGAGAGAGAGAGAGAGAGAGAGAGAGAGAGAGUAAACGAACAAAUAGACAAACAAAGCAACUUUUUUUAGUAACAAGUAACAAAUCUUCAGGAUAAUGAAAACAAAAAGAUUCAACCCCAACGUAGAUAACCGUGUGGUAGAGUAUCAGCUCGCAAGAACCUCAAGAUCGACUGGUAGCCUGUCGGCAGAAAGAGGGUAGAAUAGUUUUUGAAUCCCACAACAAAUUGUAAGCAACAACAAGAAAAACAAAACAAGCAAACAAAUAUAAUCAUAGAAACAAAUCGGAGGAGGAAAAGAGGUUAAAUUAUGUAGGUUUUACAAUGUGAAGCUAGACGUAAACAUUUUUAUCUUUAUGAUGAGUAACCCCCCGUAUGCAUAACAAGCGUCGGAGACCGAAAGGAGCGGAGAGAGCGAGGAGUUGCGAGGAUGGCAAAAGAGCAAAAAAAAACACAAUCUAGGAUCAUUUGUUAUGUGUAUAUUAUUAUACUUUAAAUGUUGCAAAUUUUAUAUAUAAAAUAUAAACAGGAAAAAAGUGAAAAUAAAAAUUUAUAUAAUUUAAUUUCGAAUUAAAACUAUCCCACAAUUUAUUAUUGGUUUGUUCUGCAGCCUGUGUUCACCGGACCCCAAAAAAAUCCUUCUUUCGUUCGCAUCCAAUGUUUGCAAAUUCCACACAUUCUGUUUCCGUUAUUCUUGGUUCGGUUCGUUUUCGUUUCUUCCGUUUGUAUUUCACGAUGCAUCAAUCAAAAGGGCGCACAGAACGAAAUAUGAUACGAAGAAAAAAAAACAUAAAUGAUCGUUUGAACGAUUAGUGUGAAAUUGCAUACAUUCCGGCGCAUAACUGACAGAAACAUCGCAUUGCAGUGCUACGAAAAUUGCAUACUUGAUGACGAUAAUUGAACCAUUGAUGUGAUUCAAUGUGUAGCGAGAUACAUAAAACAGGAAGUGGGUUAUAUAUAUGGUAUAACCGCAAGGGUGACGUAGGACUAUCGUUGAUUUAGAGAUCAUUUGUUUGAAGUUGAAUCUAAAUCCAUUCUGAAUGAAUGAAUGAAUGAAUAUUUGGGGGACUUCGAAAACGAGAGCGUUACGUUGGAGGCACAAGGUUUUAUGCAUCCAAUAUAGGAUACGAAAAACCUUGUUCUGAACAAUAUUCUUCAAAAGCUUUCCUGCUAACUGCACUUGAUUGACAAAUCACAAAACCAAAGGUAUUAUAUGGAUAGUUUAUGGAUAGAAAACAUUAAAAUAAACUCUUUCGCUUGAAUGUAAUUUUCAAUUCCAAGGGGAACUGGCAGAUUAUUUUCUAGCAACGAUUAGAUAUUUCCACAUUUUCCUCGAUACUGGAAGCCCACCAGUAGUUAAUACUAACUCGAUAACCACCAGUUAAUAGCACUUGAUUGAAAAAUAUUUGGUCACAGUGUUACAUGGAUAGAAAACAUUGAAAUAAACUCUUUCGCAUGAAUGUAUUUUUAAAUUCCCAGAGGAACUGGCAGAUUAUUUUCCAGUAAUGAUUAGAUCUUUCCGGAACUUUCUCGAUGCUGAAUGGCAUCCAAACGGAAAUAAUUCCGCGCGUGUAUGUGUGUGUGUAGCGAUGUCUUCCCGGGGAACCGUUUGUGGCAUCACUCUCCUCCUGAUGGAUUCCCUUCUGGCCUAAGGUGCACAAACAGACUCUUGGUGACACCGUUCAUCAGCGCUUUCAUGAUAGCUUCAUGAUAGCGAAGAGCUUCACCACAACAGCGACAACAUGCUCCAAUCGCUGUUCAAUUAGAACUGAGUGGAUUACCGAGCGGCGCUCGCUUAUAUACCGAUUGGUGAUUUCAAUAGCCUGUUUUGAGAACAAUUUUAAGGCUAUUGAAACAAGUUUUUGGACCAAAAAGUAACAAGUAUAAAACGCGUAGACAUUUUAUCUUUCGAAUGAAGUGUUUAUCAUACCAUUUCGUUCAGUUGUUUAGGAGCUAUUAACGCUCAAAAUCUCGGUCUCCGGCGUAACGCUUUCGGUUUCGAAACUUUGAUUUUAUACCCCGGUAUAGAAAUGAAAGACGUAGUCUUACGUCAAAACGAAAUACAGUGACUCACCUCUUAUUGGACAUCCCGAGGCACCACUCAGUGUCACAUUAGAGGCGAUUGUGACCUGUAAUUUGACAUAUCAACAAACACAAUGAGUAAAACAUGUUAAAACAGGAAAAUCGUUGAAAAUCUAACAAACAACCAUUAGUAAAAAGUGCAGAAUACUUAGGGCGUGAUUACGAGCGUCACUUCACGUUGAAAACGAAACGAAGUGCAUAUAACCUUGCAUAUAUAUCGUUUUCACCGUGAUGUGACGUUCAUGAAUCAUGAUCAGGCCCAUAAUUUCGCGAAAGAAACUCCAUUUUCAUGGACUUGGUUGUUGAUGAAGAAUUCGCCGUCUUGAAGGAUAACAACAGUUAAUAGUAAUUAAGUAAAUUACAUGAUUAAAGCAAGAAAUGAUUGGGUGAUACACCAUAAAUUAUUUUGAUCGGAAAAUGGUUGAAAUACUCCUGUAAAAUUAUCGUGUUAUAGAAACUUGCACAAAGGUAUACUUACAAAAAUGUCCAAUUAAAGAUCAAAUCUCGCGUAACUUUUGAAAAGGUCCUAUGUAACAAAUGUAAACAAAUCGAGUUAAUAGAUGCACACUAUUAGUUUUCAAUCAUUGAAUGCAUUACAAAAACAAUCGUUCACGUAUCUAUCUUCUACAUCUUGUUAUCGCUGAUAAAAAAAAUAUCCAAUGUACAGAUUCGGAUUUGAAGCACCCGGCUGUUACUUCGGACGCCACUUUCCUCCGACGCCCGAAACGUCCGAAGUAACAAAGCAGUCAAAACAACACGAAGUCGUAUUUCGGUCGUUUUGAGUAUUUGUUUCUUGCAGGUGUUGUUAUCGAUUUCAGUGCAAUUCAACGAGUUUUUUUUUUUUUUUUAUCUUCGCUUAUUUUUCGUCGGCCUAUUUCCGCCACUUUAGUGCCAAUCACCGACAUCAGGGAGGCGACUCCACCUGUUCCUACCUAUCAGACUCAACAACUCAUGAGCCGGGCCAACUUCUUUUACUUCCGCUCCGAAGGAAGACGUAACCAGAGAUUUUUCGCCUCAGAAAAUCCCAACGACGCCAGCUGGGAUUGAACCCAGGCCGAUCGGAUUGUGAGGCUGUUACGCUAACCAUACAACCACUGGCGCCGUCCCAAUUCAACGAGUGAUAACAAUAAUAAUCUUUCUUUAGAACGAAACGCUGAUAUUUGGAUUGUUGUUCAUUAGUUAGUUUCAAAUUCUAAUCGUGCAACGUAAUAUGUCCAAUGUGCAAACGCGGGCAGUCAAAACGUCCAAUGUAACAUUUUUCGCUCCGAGGCUUCAACUUUAAUCUCAAAUCACGGAACAAUAGUUACAAUUGGUUUUAUGGAGUUAUUCUUGACAGCUAGUGGCGAAAGCAGCGAUAAAGAUUGAUAGCUUUUAAGACAAUUCGCGAAAUAAUGUUCGGGUCUUCAACUCCGUUUUUCUCGAGUUGACGAAAAUGUUACAUUGGACCUUUUCAAAAGUUACGCGAGAAAUGUCCAAUUAUUCGUGUCGCAUUCCAGAUCUAUACAAUUAGCGGUGAAUCACUGUAUUCAUAUUUAAAAGUUAAGGGAGACCCCGACCUGGAAAACCGAAAAAAAAAAAUGUUUUUUCUUCUUACAGUUUGAGGUAGCUUAUAACAUCAAAAAUGUAAACGUUUCCAGAAAGCAUGAUGUAACUUAUUUGUAAACAAUUUGCUUCAUUCAUCAUACUGUAUCGCAGUAUAAGUGAAACCAGCACGCGUUUUUCUCGAAAUCUUUUUUUUUCAUUUUCACCUAGUGGAGCAUUUAUUUUAGGAGCUAGACGAUCGAUUAUUAUGAUUUUUUUCCAACAUAUAAGAAUGUAUUUUCAACCGCAUAGCGUAGCGCUUCCUCGAAAUUUUGGGUUUUCGAUUCUAUAUGAGAAUUUUAAGCGACGUUUUGACGUAGAACUACGUCUUUCAUUAAGGGUGCCAAAUCAGAAAACAGUAACGAAGGGGAAAUCGUAAGACUUAAAGUCUCCGUGAACAAAGGAAAAGAAGAAGAACGAAGGGGAAUAUUUGCCUAUAGUAUAAACAGUGGAUCUCGCUGAGGCAAACUAUUAGAGGCGAAUGAACUACAAAGUUUAAAGCCUCUUAAAAACAAAGAAAGAAGAAGAAGAAGGCAAACUUUCAUCCUUCGUGAGGACACCGACUGAACAACAUCGUUGCUGGGCGAGCUGGAUAGUGAGGAGCGGAGGAGUAAUACGAGGGAAAAGAAAAUUUUUCCAAGGGCCUUUUUGAAGGUUAGAGACGAAUGAGCUAAAGAAGUUUAAAGUCUCACGUGUCUUAGUUUCGGAUUGAGCUGUGGGCGCGACCAAAUUACUGACUCGCCGAUGACUCUAGCAUUGCAAUAAUUGCAUCAAACUGACGCCAUUGCAUUAAGGUUCUGAGCUACACAAUUGUGUGGGGAAUCAUCAAGCUAGGCUAUCGUCAGCUCACCAAGAAAAUAAAUGUUCUGAAAUUUUGUCUGUGAUUCGGUUUCGCAUGACGGUAGCAAAACUCUCUCAACAAAAGAUGACAUCUAAGCUGAUCUAGACCGGCAAUAUUAACAAAAAGAGAAGAGAAGCAAUAUUAACUGUUGAGUUAAGAGCGCAAAACAGAGAUAAGUGUGUGCAUAUUUAAUUGCUUCAGACUCUCGAUAUAUGGAUAUUUUUGUGUGUGUACGUGCGUGCGUUUUAACGUAUUGCGCUGUUGCGGGUGAACAUGUCGAUCCGAACGUGGCGACAAGGAGGGGAGAUAGCAGGAAGGAAAUAUUUGCAAAACUUUCUCCACAAAGGAUGAUAACUGCGCUUAUCUCGACCAUGUUGUAUUGUUCUGAGAUGACAAAAAUGAAUCAUCAAACAAUAAUCGUCAAAUGAUCGUUAUACGACACAGACAACUACCUUUAUGGUAAAAUUGGAAAGUUGAGAAGCGCACGAGAAUUUUUUCAGUGCCUAUCAAACAAUUCAUUGAUUUAUUUAACGUUUGAAAUGUCAGUCGAGUUAUAGAGUGGAAUUCGAUAAUUGGAUUGCCCUUUCAGAUCUGAUAGUGUUCGAGUACUGUACAUUUCAUUUGAUUGAAGUGUAAAAACACUCUUUAAUCGCAUUAAAAAUGUCGCAUGCUGCACCGGGAAACCUGAUUUUGAAAGAUUUCAUUGCAUUAUUUUUUCUUGUACAAAAGUUUCUUUGCAAAUAAAGUAACGUUUUUAAAACGUUUCUCUGGAGCAUUGUUCUGGUAGAUAUCAAUAAAUGAACAUAAACUCAAAUUUUGCCAAAAUAAUCUUUGAAACAUUUUUUUACAAAGCACUGAACGCUAUUCUUCGACAAUUGGUCGGUGUUAAGUCAGAUCGUGAUUUUCCAAAUCUGAUUAUGGUGGUAUGUAGCUAACGAGAUGCUUAACCUAAUGUAAUCAAUAACUCAAAAUUUUCAAUUUCGUGACUUAGUCCUCUCUGACUUAACACCGACCAAUUCUUCAACUGACUAGGUUGUUACAGCUAAUAAUCGGUUGGGUUCAAUAUUAAUAAAAGUCGAAUAAAAGCUAUAUUUCAUACUUGAAUUCUGGUUGUUCAAUCUUUUCAUGAGUUGUUCAAUAAACGAAAACAAAAGCACUCCCGAAACGUUUCACUUCAAUUUCAAAUUCAAUGAUUGAACAAAAGCUCCAAUUUUGCCUAAAUAAUAUUUUAAACAACGUAUAGUUCAACAUUAAGCACUCGAUGCUAUUGUUCGACCAAUAGCGUAAUAAUAGCUAAGGAUCUCUGAUUUUGGACAGUCCGCUUUGUUCGCCGCAGAAUACCAGUCCUUGGGCGCAACCUACAAUUUUUUGGCGACACUGUCAUGGUAUGUACCAUUCCAUGGACUUUGUUUCGUAAUAACAGGGUAACAAAAUCCAGCAAAAGCAGCACGAAUCAAGUGUGUUGCUUCAGGAAAGACAGCAGACGUUUUUCUAGACACUCGUUCAAGUAAAUUUCUCGGUUGAAGGUCCCAAUUGCUAUGGAGAUGUCGCUGUCAAGCAACGGAUGCAAAUAGUAACCAGAUAUCUCCUAGCAAACAUCGACAGUUCCAAAUGCUGAAAAAUGUCUGCCACCUAUUCGCUUCCGGUUGCCUAUAAAUCUUCUGCUCAGGAAGCGGUUUGAUGUCUGUCUUGACGUAGGUUUGAACGUCCAUCGCCAUGCAAUAAAACUUUGUCAAAAUCGUCGUGUACAGCUUUCAGGAUCAUGUUUCAGUCGUCUUGUUUUGACACUACCAGCAAUCUUGCAACAUAUCGACAUAAGGUUAGAGUUCUGCUGGCCACUCUUUAUUUCAUUGCUACAGCUUCCGGUUUUCAAUUUCCCAGUUGAUUUAGUCACUUUAAACGAUCUUAUUAACUCGACGUGCGAAUAUUUUGGAUUUCCGCGAUACGCGAGCAAUAUUUUGGUGCUUUAUUCCUCUUGUUUGGACGCUAUUUUUAGUAUGGUAGAGCUAAUCAAAAUCAAAAAAGAGGCAGCUUUCUACACGAACCCACCUACAAAAUUCCUGCGUCAACAAAUUCGGUCGUGUCCUGGACACCAUUCCUCUAAUUUAUUCUAUACGCUUGAAUCGGACGUUGAAUGGUCAAUACUGUUGGAAAAUAGCCGAUGCAAAGAUGAACACCUAAUUAUCGUGGCGCAUACGACUUUCCUCCGCAUUCAGACAGUGUCCUUGAUCUUCCAAAACCAUUCGAAACUUCGAGCGCUAACAGUGAGUGACAGAAUGAAUGAACACAAUGUUUCGUCAAACUAUUUUCGAAAAACAUUAGCCAAGUUUCUACCACUCACUAGUACGGAUGUCGAAAAGAUAUAAAAGAUUCUAGUGAAGCCUUAUAACAUCUUUUUUAUUGAUAUAAAUGUAUCUCAAAAGUGAAUCUGUAGCUACAGAUAGUUCUUCAUUCACAAUAUUCUGUUCGAAUUUUUUUAUUACGACAACUUCUGUUGGGAAACGGCCGAUACAAAGCUAACCACCUUCGUAGUUCACACGUCUCCACCCCGCUUUCCUCUGCACUCAGCCAGCCUUCAUAUAAAGCCAAACGAUCGAAAACACUAUCCGUUCCGUCCCGACCAUUUCUCAGAAAACUGGAAUACAGUUUUUGCGCGGCCCGCAAAAUUCGAUUUUAAACCGAAAGUAGGUCUCGUUGCAUAUAUUAUUGUCGACACCAAAAAAUGGGCUAUAUUAGCUCAUUCGAUAAGGGAGGUUUUAAAGUCCUUCUAUCAGAAACGAGUCAAAAAGGCCUGUCUACUUCUCUCCGAUUCUCUUCAUUAACUCUCUCGAUAACCACGAACUUGCUGACAGAUUUUGCGCCAGUUUUGCUCCAUAGUUUGAUAGACGAAAUAAUUUGACAAACGAAAAUUCUUCUACAUUCCUGAUCGUCGAACACAUCAGGAAAUGCGUUUCCUACAAAGAGAGUGUUGAUGAGAGAAUCGAUCAGAGCAGAUCGGCCCUUUGACGAUUCUCUAGGAUUCGUCUCCCAAUUGAACACGUUUGUACCCAUGUUCAGUUAGGAGACGAAUCGUCGAUUUAUUUACCGAUUUUUUUUCUUUGAGCGGAUCACUAGCAUCCGAGAUGAAAACUCCAAUUUAAAAUGUUUUCUAGUAACUGUGUAGAUUUCAGCUACACAGUUACAAGUUUAAGAUCUGCUAUUAAAAAUAACUAAAAUUAACAUUUGCCAACUAUAGGUCUACAUCCACAACAUCGAUAUUUUCAUCAAAUAUGACCCUCUAAUACACAAAAAAAUAUUAAUAUGAAAAUAUGAGUAACAUAACACCCUGUGUUUACAAAAAGAUUUUUAGGCCGACAUAGACAUAGUAAAUGCGAAACGAAGCGGGCGCGGACGCGAACUCAUUUGCGAGAAAGCUCUUUCGUUUACGAAUGCGGAAAUCAAAUGCAAACCGCCUUGACCUGUCAUAGUAAACGCGAUUUCAAUGCGGCGAAACUGUGUGUGGAGUGUUUUGCCGCGAGUGAACGCAAGUGUUGGUUGCCAGACGAUUUAUCUAUAAAUAUCUUCACAACUGAACUAAUCGAACAAAAAUAAAAAUUGAGUUGUUGAAAGAAAAAGUUAGCAAGUGAUGUACCUUCAAUUUAGAUUUUCGGUUGAAGCUUUUUUGAGAAAAAAUCUAUUUAUUAUCAAAUUGAAUAUCUCACAAUUCAACUGUUUGCAGAAUGAAGAUGUGUUAUCAUAUCUGGCAUCCUUGUACUGGGUUGUUUACAUGUGGAAUGGAGCGGAAUGAAACAUCAAAAAACGCGCGAUCUGAAGCGACCAGUAUUUCAUACCACGCGAUGAGCUCCAAUUCAUUGCUCCGUAUUGCAUCGCACCGCACCGCACCGCGUUUACUAUGCCCCAGCCUUACACUUAGCCUUUAUAAUUUAUUACUUUAGUGUAUAUUCAGAUGCUCAAUUGGUGAAGCGCCUGAAGGUAUGCAACUGCAUGCUUCAACGAUACGCAUGGUUAGACAAAGCUGUGACAAAAUUCCGGGACAACGCGAAGCUAGAAAACAUGGGUACAGUGACUCAAACUCGAAUUCCUACCGCACCGUGCUUUUUCACUA